AUGGAUCUUAAAGGAUUGUUGUGUUUGUGUAUUUUUGGCAAUCCAUACAAAGGGAUUAUAAAUAAGGGCUUAAAUUUUGCAACGGCACCGCGAAAAAUCCCUCACGAAGAAAUUGUUAGUUACGUAGAGGAAUGUAUAUUCAAAAAUACGAUCCCAAAGGAUGAGGCUGAAACCAUGGUGAGCUUUGACAUUGAGUCACUAUUUACAAACUUACCACUAAAUGACUGCCUAGAUAUUAUUGCAAAAAGACUUAGAGAACAAAACAUGUCACCAGAUUAUGUAGAUAUUGUAAAACUCUGUCUCACAUCAAGAUACUUAAUGUGGAAAGAUGAGUUCUAUGUGCAGGUUGAUGGAGUAGCCAUGGGUUCUCCAGUGUCACCUAUAGUCGCUGACAUCUUCAUGGAGGACUUUGAGGAGAGAGCUCUGGCCAAUGCCCCGGUUAAACCUCGACUGUACAAGAGAUAUGUCGAUGACACAUUUGUACUUACAAUGGCGGACCCCCGUUUUGCUCAAAUUGAUCGUUUGGCGGGCCGUGAUAAUUAUCCUACAUGGAGUUUCGCGGUGAAAACCUUUUUAGAGCAUGAAGAUUUGUGGAAAUGUGUCGAGACAUCGGGCAUGGCUUUUACGAAGACCGAAGAUACGAAGGCAAGGUCAAAAAUAGUCCUUCUAGUUGACCCUAUGAACUAUGUUCAUAUCCAGGAUGCCACCACGGCUAAGGAGGUAUGGGAUAACCUGAGAAAGGCUUUUGAUGACUCCGGCUUGUUGAGGAAGAUGAUGAGUGGCUCGGCACAUUAUUAUUAG